UCCUCCUCCUCCUCUCUCUCUCUCUCUCUCUCUCUCUCUCUCUCUCUCCUUAUUCUCCGGCUUUCAAAUCUCUUUCCUUUGAUUGUUGAUUUUUCUUGUAGACAACGGAUCCAAUCGACGAGACUCUCAAGCCAAAUCCCAUGAGCAUUCUUCAGAUUUCGAUGCAGUUUCUCAUUCUUUAAAAGUAAUUCAUCGGUCUCAUCAGCGUUGCGCAGUUUGGCUGCCAAGUGUUUGUUGAAAUUCCGGUGAGAGAGAGAAAAAGAGAGACUGGGAUUGGAAGUUUACAGAGAUGAAGGAUUUUCCUUCUUGCUUUGGUGAAAAUGGCGUUCAAGUUGCGGAUUCAUCGUCUUCAAACUCCGGCAAAAAUGCCCAGAAUCUGGUGACUUGCAUCUACCAGUGCCGUAUUCGGGGAAGAAAUUGCUUGAUCACAGUGACAUGGACUAAGAAUCUGAUGGGUCAAAGUGUAACCAUUGGAGUUGAUGAUUCCUGUAACCAAAGUCUGUGUAAAGUCGAGAUUAAGCCAUGGCUCUUCACAAAACGAAAAGGGUCCAAGAGUUUAGAGGCGUAUUCGUGUAACAUCGAUGUUUUCUGGGAUCUCUCCUCCGCAAAAUUCGGAUCAGGCCCUGAAGCUUUGGGAGGAUUCUACGUGGGUGUUGUUGUAGACAAGGAAAUGGUUCUGCUUCUUGGCGAUAUGAAGAAAGAAGCUUUCAAGAAGACGAAUGCUUCACCUUCAUCACUAGGUGCUGUGUUCAUUGCCAAGAAAGAGCAUGUCUUUGGUAAGAGAGUGUUUGCAACAAAAGCUCAGCUUUGCGCCGAUGGGAAAAUCCAUGAUCUUGUGAUUGAAUGUGACACGAGUGUCACUGAUCCUUGUCUCAUUGUUCGUGUGGAUGGGAAGACAUUGUUGCAGGUGAAGCGGCUUAAAUGGAAGUUCCGUGGCAACGACACGAUAGUUGUUAAUAGAAUGGCUGUGGAAGUUCUCUGGGAUGUUCAUAGCUGGCUUUUUGCUAUGCCUUCAGCGGGAAACGCCGUGUUCAUGUUCAGGACUUGUCAAUCUCCUGACAAGAGCUUGUCUUUCUCACAGGACAUGACUACAACAAACUCCAAGUCUCAAAGUUUUGGUUUUUCGUUGAUUCUCUACGCGUGGAAGAACGAGUAGAAACAAGAUUUUAUGGGUGCUAACAAAAACCUUGAAAGAGUCUGUUGAUUCCUUAUCAACAUUUGUUAUCAAAAGCAUGAUUAAUGGGUUGAUUCAUAAUUGGUUUAUGCAAUGUAUUUUCUUACACAAUGCUGGAACCUGAUCAGUCUUGACGAACGCUAGCUCUGUAUACAUCAGUUACUUAUGU